AAUUUUAGAUUAAUGGCCAUGUCGAAUUUUAUAAAGAAAAUAAUAAAAUAUCGUUUUUAAAUGGAGGUGCUAUUUCUAGACUAUUUUUGUUGUUGCAAGAAAAAUUGAAUUUCAGGUAUGAAAUCGUUAUCGAAAGAGCUUUAGGAAACAAAUCACCAAAUGGAAGUUGGAAUGGUCGCAUUGGUCUCUUGACAAGAAAUGAAGUUGAUAUAGCUUUUCCUAUAGGACUAAAUUAUAAAAUAUACGAAGACGUUGAUAUUACACCUCCAACUCAUUUGACAGAAGUUAAGUUUCUAAUUUCUUCUGCAGAAGGGAUAUCAAAAAUCUAUGCACUAAUUAGAAUUCUAAAUUUCGAAGUAUGGAUAGCUGCCAUUUUCGCUACAUUAAUUAGUACAGUAAUAUUUUAUAAAAUAUUUUCUUUCGAAGCAAGACUAUACAAAAGAAAUCCUCCACCACUUUUAAAUGUGUUUUGGACGUUAUUAGGAACAUUCACAAAUCAAGAUCUAUAUUAUAUUUUUAAUAUUUUGGUUCAAUUCCCAUAUGUCGUUUAAUCAUUAUAUACAAAUAUUUAUCGCAUGUUCUCUUUGAUACAGCUAAUAAAAGGAAGUCAUUUAUUUGAAUAUCACGGACUUUCUACUCGAAUUAUAAUUAUAGGAUGGAUUACUCCAAUAUCAGUUCUUGUUGCAAGUUAUAGUGCUGCAUUGAUGUCAUUUAUCACUCACCCUGGACAUGAAAGCAUACCAGAAACAUUUAACGAUCUGGUUAGAAGUAUCGAAAAUAGACAAUUUACUGCUAGUACAAUGGUAAACAGUGCAAUAGAUCACUUUAUUGUGAGUUCAACUGAAGGUUUACCGUUUCGACUGAAAACGCAAAUGCUCAUGAGCAGAAUUACUGUUCUUAAUGUUCAGAAUAAAGAAGAAUAUGAACGGGUAUUGAAAGAAAAGCAUGCUGUGAUAUUUUAUGACAGUACACUUAUAAUAAAUGCUGAUAAAAUCGGAUUGGAACAAUUUUUUAUGUCUGAAGAUAAUUUGUUCUGUUCUAUUCAAGUUUGGGGGAUGAGAAACGGUUUCGUUUUUAAAGAAAAAUUCAACAAAUUAAUAUCAUAUAGUUUUGAAGGUGGAUUUUUUCAUAAAUUUUUGGCAGAUGAAAUGAAUAAAGUGAGAAGAAUGAGAGAAACAAAUAUAAAUAUAGACCAUAAUAUUGAUAAUUCUCUAAGCUUACAUGAUACUGCUGGAGCAUUUACCAUUCUUAUAAUCGGAUAUAUAAUUUCUGUUUUCUCAUUUUUUCUAGAGAAAUGUUUUCGAAAAUAACAGAUUAUAUGUAUAUUUAAUAAUUCAAUAAAAG